AUGAUCCUCGCGCGCAACUCGUUGAUGGAGAUUCUCAUGGCGCAGAUGCUCCGGCACUCCGGAGUGCCUUUGCUACGACGGUCGAAGGUGCACAGGAUCCUCACAGCAUCAGGAGCAGGGCGUCGUUCCUGGCAACAGCUGGGUCGAGACUGGACCCUGCAAGGCUUCUGUGGAAGCUCUCACUUCAUGGGCUGUUCUUUUUUCCAGAAUGGCUCGAGUGGUCGUGCCAAGCACACCGGCAAGAUGACGGUUUCAUCGGCCAGUGUACAGUGCGGGGCAUCGGUGGAUCGGCUAGCAGCGGCUAGCAGGGUGAAGUAUUUGAGGCUGUGCUACUCCAAAUACGGCAUGAAUACGAUCCAUCAGCAUGCAGCAUAG